CAGAUAAUGGAAAUACUCGAAUAAAGUACAGUACCUCAAAAUUGUUGCCUGCUUAAGUAGGCUAGGUUAGGUACACUAGGCUCCUUGAGUAAAUAGUCCUGUGCAGGGACUUGAACCUCCUCUGGUUCAUGCAGUCCAGUUCAUCGGUGUUUGUUGGGACAGGAGGAGGAGGUAGUGCGUUAGGUGUGCGCCACGUUUGGAGUAAUAUUACGCACAGGCAUGGGGAGCAGCGCCGGGGAGGGACUUUACACAAGUGUCUCGCUCUCUGCUCGGAGGCCUCUCAGAGACAGCACAAAUCUGCGCUUGCGGGAAGACACCUGCCUCCUUAAACGUUACUAUUUCGUAGGGCGAGCCGCAAGUAAAGUUGUAGCCUACAGUCAUUUUCGCUGGAGUUGUAAUAAUGUUAGGCAGCGGUAAGUCAGCGGCCACCAGUCCCAGAGAGCGGAGGAGGAAAGGGGCCGAGAAGACGAUGGAUCCCAUCAGAAGGCUCGGUCUACUGGACAAUGAGGACGUACGUGUGAUGAUGCAGGGCUGCAGCAUGGUGAAAGUUCGCUCUUCAAGGUGGCAGAAGAGCCGAAACCUGCGGCUGCUGGAUGACGGACUAACUGUGUGGUGUGAAUCCACCAAGAGCUCCCGCAAAGCCAAAGCCCAGCAAACAUUCGCAGUGACAGAAGUGGAGUGUGUGCGUGAAGGCUGCCAGUCCGAGGCGCUGCGGCAGCUGUCCGGGUCGGUGCCGGAGGGCCAGUGCUUCACAGUGGUCUUCAGAGGUGCCAGGAAAAGCCUGGACCUGCUGUGCCCCUGUGAGGAUGAAGCUCAGCACUGGGUGCGAGGGCUACGCACUUUAAAGGAGCACGUGGCCAACAUGAGUCAGAAACAAAAACUUGACCAUUGGAUCCGACGCUACCUGAAGCGAGCGGAUCAGAACCAGGACGGCAAGAUGAGCUACGAUGAGGUCAAACGCCUGCUCCAGAUGAUCAACAUUGACCUGAGUGAGCAGUAUGCCCGCUCUUUAUUCAAGAGGUGUGAUCGAUCCGGUGAUGGUCGUCUGGAUCAUGUAGAGAUUGAGGAGUUUUGCAGGGAGCUGCUGCGACGGCCCGAGCUGGACGCUGUGUUCAGACACUAUUCAAGUAAUGGGUGUGUGCUCGCCACUGCUGAGCUGCGCGACUUCCUGGGAGACCAAGGAGAAGACGCCUCGUUGAAUCAUGCUCAGAGCCUCAUACUCACCUAUGAGCUCAAUGACUGGGCUCAAAAGAACCAGUACAUGACUCAGAAUGGUUUCACUAUGUACAUGCUGUCUCGGGAGAAUGAUGUGGUUAACCCUGACCAUGCCAGAGUCUACCAGGACAUGAGCUACCCUUUGGCCCACUACUUCAUCUCCUCGUCACACAACACUUACCUAACCAAGGACCAAGUCACCAGCGCCAGCAGCACUGAGCCAUACAUCAGGGCUCUGAAUCAGGGCUGUCGCUGUGUGGAGCUUGACUGCUGGGAUGGAGAUAAAGGUGAACCUGUCAUCUACCAUGGCCACACUCUCACUUCCAAAGUGCCAUUUAAAGAGGUCAUUGAAACCAUUGCCCAGUAUGCCUUCAAGGUGUCCCCAUAUCCUCUAAUCCUGUCCUUGGAGAACCACUGUUCUGUGGAGCAGCAAGCUGUCAUGGCCAAACACCUCCGCACCAUCCUGGGCAGCAAACUACUUACCAAGCCACUCAGUGCCCAGCCGCCGAAGGACUUGCCUUCUCCUGAAGAGCUGAAGGGGCGUAUCCUGGUAAAAGGGAAGAAGCAGAUUCCUCACUUGGGCCAGCUGGGAAAGGCUGGCAGCUGUGCCAGCUUCUCCUCAAGCUCUGAAGAUGAACCAGCAAGCAGCUAUAAGAACACCCCCAAGAAGGAUCCUGCAAAGGUCUGUUCUAAACUGAGCCCAGAGCUAUCAGAGCUAGUGGUGUACUGCAGAAGUGUCCCAUUCCGUGGGUUUGAAAAUGCAUCUGAAAAACCUCCAAAUGAAAUGUCCUCCUUCUCUGAAAAUGAGGCCCACAGGCUCAUCAAAGACUCAGGAAAGCUUUUUGUGAGACACAACAGCAGGCAGCUGAGCCGGAUUUACCCGUCUGGCCAGCGCCUCCAAUCAUCCAACUAUGAUCCUCAGGAAAUGUGGAACGCUGGCUGCCAGAUGGUGGCUUUGAACUUCCAGACACCCGGGGAGCAAAUGGACCUGAACCAGGGUCGCUUCCUCCACAAUGGUCGCUGUGGAUACAUUCUCAAACCGGGCUUCCUGUGCAGCCCCACUUCCGACUUUAACCCAGAGAAUACGGGAGGAGGACCCGGUCACAUUCCCACCCAGCUGACAAUACGAAUAAUAUCUGCACAGCAGCUGCCAAAAAUCAAUACAGAAAAGGCUAGCUCCAUAGUGGACCCACAAGUGUGGGUGGAAAUUCAUGGGGUGGCUAUUGAUAAUGCAAGAAACAAAACCCAGCGCAUUGACAACAAUGGUUUCAACCCACGAUGGGACUGCACUCUGAGCUUCCAGCUGCAGGUCCCUGAACUGGCCCUGGUGCGGUUUGUAGUGGAGGACCAUGAUCACACUGCCAAAAAUGACUUUGUGGGGCAGUUCACUUUACCUUUCAUGAGCCUACGAACAGGUUAUCGACAUGUUCAUUUAUUAAAGGCAGAUGGUUCCAGUCUGUCCCCCAGCACACUCUUCAUCCAUGUCAAAGUGACCCUCAAAGGAGUUCCCAUCAAAACUGUGUCCGAGCGUAUAGCCCUUGCCAAACGCAAGGCAUGACGUGCAUCUGAACGAAAGCUGCAUUUUCUGACAACAAAGGGCUUUGGAAAAGGAGCUCUGAAUGUGAGCAGAGAGAGACUGCCGCUGUUGCUGCCAGCCGGUCUCACAGUCCAGAUCUCAAGUGGUCCAAUUUACACUGAGCCACUUCCCAAUGCAGGAGGAAAGAUGUUGUUUAUCAGAAAUGAAGAAGCACGCUGGCUCUUAGCAAAUGAAUUGCCUCAGGCUGGAUAAUGAAUCCAUGAUACACUGUGAGAGUAUCUGGUCUUGUCAGUGCUGAGUUCUCUAGGAACAGGGCACUGAGGAUUGUAGUUCAUGAAAUACACCAAUAUGGGACUCGUUACAAAAUUAAUUUAAAUGUUAACUCUCAUGUGUAGGUGGAUAUCCCAUAAUAUUUUAAUUUUUUUUACACUUAUUUGGCUUAACCUUAAAGAAUGAGGAUAGUUUAACAAAAAACAGCACUUACUUAACUGAGGCUGUCUUAUAAGUGCUGUAAGUAGGAGUCCAAGCAUGUCAUUAAAAAGUUUGUCAUUGUUUGUCAAGUUGAAUUGUUUCAACACUAACUGUGAUGUAAUGCAGAUGUGAUAAUGUUUCUAAGAUUGUCACUGGUUGUUUGAAAAAAUGAUGAAAUUGUUUAUUCAGUUAGUCUUACUUCAUACUUCAGAUACUUGGCACUUUUAAUUGUAUGACAAUAUAUUAUUGAAACAAACAGUAUUAACUUUAACUUAACUUUCUUAAAAAUGUCAUUUGUUGUAAAAAUGUCAUAAUUAUUUAUGUUGAAAAUUCUUAUCCUUAGGUUCAGAUCUAGGAAAUUGUGGUUAAACACUAAUUGCAACAUUCUAACACAACCACCAAUUACUUUAGGCUACAGUGAAUCGUUUAAUACUCUCAUAAAGAGCUUCCCUGAUAAUACAAUGGUGCAGUAAUGAGAGAUGCUGCACUUGGAUUACUGUAAUAACAGUGUAUACGAUCAGGAUGGAUUUCAAUAGCAUGAGACAAAUGGUGAAGACUUUGUUAAGGCUUAAAAGCUUAUUUUGUGUGAAUGGCAGGUGGUAUUAUGUAUGCAAGAGAAAAUACUGUUUCCAUAAAAGCUCUGAUAACACA